AUGGGUAUCAAAGGUCUCAAUAGAUUAAUAGCAGACAAUGUUCCAUCAGCUAUCAAGUCUGCCGAAAUGAAAACAUUUUUUGGCCGUAAAGUUGCAAUUGAUGCCUCUAUGUGUCUUUAUCAAUAUUUGAUUGCUGUUCGUCAAUCUGAUGGGUCGCAAUUGACGAACGAAGAAGGUCAAACCACUUCUCACUUAUCAGGGUUCUUCUAUCGUACAAUCAGAAUGGUCGAAAAUGGAUUGAAACCUAUGUAUGUUUUUGAUGGUAAACCACCAGAAUUGAAAGCCCACGAGUUGACUAAACGUACUGAACGUAAAAAGGCUGCUGAAGCAGAAAUCGAAAAGAUAAAAGAAACCGCUAGUGCUGAAGAGCUUUCGAAAUUUCAAAGACGUACUGUCCGUGCUACGAGAGAGCAGAAUGAGGAGGUGAAAGAAUUGCUUAAACUAAUGGGUAUACCAUAUGUGGAGGCCCCAUGUGAAGCCGAAGCUCAAUGCGCAGAGUUGGCCAGUGCUGGGAAAGUGUAUGCUGCCGCUUCUGAAGAUAUGGAUACCUUAUGUUAUGGUCCACCAUAUCUACUUAGACAUUUGACUUACGCAGAAUCGAGAAAAAUUCCUAUAGAUGAAGUUGCCGCUGGUACCGUUGUGGAAGGAUUGGAGUUGACAAGGGAAAGUUUUAUCGACUUGUGUAUUCUAUUAGGUUGUGAUUAUUGUGAAACUAUCAAGGGAAUUGGCCCAGUAAAUGCUUUGAAAUUGAUUAAAGAGCAUGGAUCUAUUGAGAAAAUUCUACAAGUGAUGGAGGAAAACCCAACCAAAUAUGCGAAAAACGUGGUUCCUGAAGGUUGGCUAUACAAAGAGGCAAGACAAUUAUUUUUGAAGCCAGAAGUCAUAGAUGGCAGCACCAUUGAUUUGAAAUGGAACCAGCCAGAUCUAGAAGGACUAAUAAAAUUCAUGUGCGAAAAGAAUGGAUUUAGUGAAGAGAGAAUCAAGAAUGGGGCAGCAAAGCUAUCUAAGGGAGCGAAGAGCGGAGUUCAAGGAAGACUUGACAGUUUUUUUAAAGUUAAAGCUGGUUCGGCUACCAAAAGCCCCGCUGUGAAAAAGGCCGCAGCAAGUCUGAAGGUUACCAAGACGAAGGUAAAAACCAGCUUCAGAAAAGGUAAACGAUAA